CUUCAGUCUUACAGGAAGGAUUUUUUAACAGUUAGCUGUGAACUUGAAAUAAGUUCUCUUUCAGACUCACUGAGGGUCACAACAGUAAAAUGUCUGAGGCUGAUGGAAUAGUGUACUCUGAUGUUAAGUUCACAAGACCGAAGAGAAACACCAGUGGGACCGCUUCCUCAGAGGCUGAACCCACAUACUCUGAAGUCAGGAUCUUGAAGACUCAGUCAUCCACAGAGCUCCCUGGUUCCCAACAACACCCAGUGUCAAAUGGAGGGUCAAAGGUCACACCAGAGAGAGUGGUCAUAGUAGUUCUCAGUGCUCUCCUGGUAGCUGCUGUCAUCGCUCUCGGCUUUACCUCUCUUGAUAACAUGCACACCAAGCAAAGUUUCCAGACUCUGAGAGACGAACUUGAAGCUGUGAAAAGAAAUCUCACAGAGAGACACCGUGAAGUAAAAUCAUGCAACACGGUGCAGCAAACAUGUCCACAACCUCCUGUAGUAAAAGGAAAUGACUCGUGUACAAAAUGUGAAUAUGGCUGGGAGCAGCAUGGAAGACAGUGUUAUUAUUUCUCCACCAAUUAUUUAACCUGGAGUGAGAGCAGAGAUGAAUGCCGACAGAAAGGAGGAGAUCUGGUUCAGAUAGACAGCAGAGAGGAGCAGACAUUCCUGGAGCUGAAACUGAGAGAAAAAAUGAAAUUUAGUGAGGACAAGUUCUGGAUCGGACUGACAGACUCAGAGAAAGAGGGCACAUGGUUGUGGGUAGACAGAUCACCACUGAACAAGAGGUUGACAUUUUGGAGCGGCAAAGAGCCAGAUAACAGGGCAAUGUACAAUCCUGAUGGAGAGGACUGUGUGAGGAUGGGAAAGAAAGCAGGAGCUCCUGAUCUGAAAUGUUGGUUUGAUCAGUCCUGCAAAUAUACUUACAGAAGUAUUUGUGAGAAACCAGCUGAAACUGGACAUUUUACUCUUCAGUGUGUCUGAAAUGUAGUUUAAAUGAAGUCUCAGUCUGUUGAACAAUCUCAGUGCAGGAUACAGAAUUUGAAUAAAUAAAUGAAUAAAUAAGCAAAAUCAGCUCAGUGUGUAGGGACUUGGCUUGUGAACUGAAGGGUCGCCGGUUCAAGUCCCACAGACCACAGUAUAGAGUGUGGACUGGUAGCUUAAGAGGUGUCAGUUUCACCUCCUGUGCACUGCCGAUGUGCCCUUGAGCAAGGCACUUAACCCCCCCAAAAAACUGCUGAUGGGGCGCUGCUAAAAGUGGCAGCCUAUCACUCCACCAUCUCUCUCCAUGUUUGCAUGUCCACAAGCCCUGCAUGUGCAUGAGUGUGCAUUUCAGCCUGUGUGUGUAUAAAAAUACAAAAGAGUGAAAAGUAGAAUUUCUCCAAUAGGGGACUAAUAAAGUAAAUCUUAAUCUUAAUUAAUGGAAAAGCAGCUUUUUACUGUCAUACUUUGUUGAGGUGGAGCUCCUUUCUAGCUGUUAAAUGUAUAUAUAUAACAUUAUUAUAUAUAAUUUCUGCUGUACCUGUAUAUACUGUUGGGUGGUUAAAUUCAUUAUAAAACAUCAUAUUUUAUAACGUCUCUGUAUCUUUGUAUAAAAAAAAUCUUCUUUUGUAAAGUAACUAGUAACUAAAACUGUUAUUGUUAAGCUGUUAUUUUAAAAAAGGUUUAUCUCCAAUCCCACAUAUGGCGUGAAGCCUGCGAGCUAGUUCAGGCAGUCAACCCGAGCUGUGCUGAUAUACACACAUGACAUGUCUCACUCCAUAAUCACUAACCAAGCGCACCCUUCCAAUCUGGCGGUCUAUUUAAACUGCACAAUUUUCCAGCUCUCCCUCUGCUCUGUGAAUGCCGCUGUUGCCCUGUAUCCGUAUUGCUACUGCUGCUCUGUAAGCUAUUGCUGCCUGCUGCACCACCCCAGCAUCCACCUGUAGGCUCCGGCUAGGGGUUAAGGUAUUUGCUCAUCACUCCUCAAUAUCUCUAUGUAAACAUAUCUGCGGGGAAUGAUGAGGUUGGAGCCUAGACGCCAAAAUCUAAAUAUGCUGCUGUAAUAAAUAUUUCAAACGUGAGUUGGCUGACUGAACUAAAAACUGUUUGCUUUAGUAGAUGGAAGAAUAAUAAAAUGUUUUAAUAAAUGAAACUAAA